CUUAUAUAUAUAUUCCUUCAUCAAAUUCUCAUUUCUUCAAUUCUCGAAAAAAAAAAGUUAAUAAAAAUGAGAAAUUUAUUCCCCAUAUUGAUGUUACUCACUAAUUUGUCACUCAACAUCGAUAACAACAACAACAACAACAUCAUACGCGCAACGUGUAGGGAGACUCCAUACUACUCCCUAUGUCUCUCAGUCCUAGAAUCCGAUCCACGUAGCUACAAGGCUGAGGGUAGUGAUGAUAUAACCACCCUAGGCCUCAUCAUGGUGGAUGCGGUGAAAUCAAAGUCUAUAGAAAUAAUGAAAAAGCUAAAAGAGCUAGAGAAAUCGAACCCUGAGUGGCGGGUCCCACUUAACCAGUGUUACAUGGUGUAUAACACCGUCCUACGAGCCGAUGUAACGGUAGCCGUUGAAGCCUUGAAGAGGGGUGUCCCUAAAUUUGCUGAAGAUGGUAUGGAUGAUGUUGUUGUAGAAGCACAAACUUGUGAGUUUAGUUUUAAUUAUUAUAAUAAAUCGGAUUUUCCAAUUUCUAAUAUGAGUAAGGACAUAGUUGAACUCUCAAAAGUCGCUAAAUCCAUAAUUAGAAUGUUAUUAUGAAAGAGUAAAAUUUUAUAGUUCACUGCACGAAAUUCUCGUUACGUGAACCAGAUAUAAAGAAGGACAUGGUUACAAGCUU